GCUGGGGCCUCCUCCCGGACCGGAGCCGUAGGCACAGCGGGACCUGUUCUGGGGCGCCGACAUCUUCAGGGUGUUAUAGUUGUCCUCCUGCUGUCAUAGAUCAAUUAGGCUUACCCCCGCCCUCUUUAGCACACUCUUACUGCCUAGCUUGAGGUUCCUAAUAACUGUUUUUCUUUCAUUUUUCCAGCCGCAGGAGCCUUCUCCAUACCUCACGUUACCAUGGCCACCCACUUCUCCAAGGAUCAGGAGAGAAUCAGGUGUGUGAAGGGGGACCUGUUCUCGUGCCCGGGCACAGAUGCCCUGGCUCACUGCAUCAGCGAGGAUUGCCGCAUGGGCGCCGGCAUCGCCGUGCUCUUCAAGAAGAAGUUUGGAGGCGUCCAGGAGCUCCUGGAUCAAAAGAAGAAGACAGGGGAGGUGGCGGUUCUGCAGAGGGACGAGCGGUACAUUUACUACCUGAUCACAAAGCAGAAGGUUUCUCACAAGCCCACGUAUGAGAGCAUGCAGAAGAGUUUGGAAGCCAUGAAAGCUCACUGCCUGAACAACGGAGUCACCGACAUCUCCAUGCCCAGGAUUGGAUGUGGACUCGAUGGCCUGCAGUGGGAAAAGGUGUCAGCAAUCCUUGAGGAAGUAUUUGAGAACACUGACAUCAAGAUCACAGUUUACAGCCUGUGAGCAGAACAAAGAUCCCCAUUUCCCCCAUCUUUGGGAGCAGAACCUGUGAACUAAGGGGGGACCUGUGUGGGGAGCACGUUCUGCAUUCGGGUGUCACUCACUUGUGCAACAACGACAGGGGCUUCCAGCAGCAACGAGCCCCGGAGAAGUUCAUUUGGGCUGUUAAUUAGCAGGAGGCCGCGGCGCUGUGGAAAGCCUCGGGGAGCUCCCAGUGUGUCCCUGCAGCCACCAGGUGUCACUGGGGCUCCACGCAGCGAAACGGAGCCGCUGCCUCGUGAGGCCUCGGGGUUUCUGUUUGGGUUGGUGCUGAUGAGCUGCCGCAGGCAGCGCUGGCACCUCUGCUUUGUUCUGUUUGCCGUGUCCUGCCUGGCACUCGGGUCACUUCCCUGUUCGCACGGGUGGAACGAUUUCAUUUCUCCCUUCCGGCCACAAAUGGGGUUUGCUGGGGUUGUGCUCACUCAGGAUCAUGCUGUGGUGUUAAAUAAACAGUGCCCUGCUGUUGGGUUGGUA